GUAUUAAGAGCUUAGAAAUGAAAUGCAUGUAUCAAUGGGUAAAGAUGUCUUUUCAAAAAAAGGCUGUAUACAGUAGACCGCCAGCCGGAGAUGGAAAGCGUACAUAUCAAUGUAAACGUCCGUCGUCAUCACUUUCUUCAUUGGUCUUCUCGUCUUUUCUUCGUCUUGGGAGACUCUGUACAUUAGCUCAUCCCGCUUAGAUAGGAUCUUUCUCUCUCUCUCUCCUCUCUCUCUUCUUUCUUCUUUCCUAUUCCCCAACAACAACAACCACCACCACCUCCCUCCGCCACCACUCACAACCUCCUUUCCUAAGUUUCCCGUUCUCUUGAUUCUCUUUCUCAUGCUCAAUUUCUUCAAAACCCUUCUGAAAUUUAAGGGCGGGAGAAAAGUAGGAUAAAAGAAACAAAUUUAUCCAAAAUCUCCUCUUUAAAUUGAGAAGAAAAAUCAGAUUUUUUGAAUCCUUCUAUGGUCUAAAAUUGAAUCAAUUUCAUCGUCCUGUUUCAUUUAGUUAAAUGGGAAAUGUCACGUCUAACGUAGCGGCGAAAUUUGCCUUCUUCCCGCCAGACCCACCUACGUACGAUGUUUACCCAGACAACGAAGGGAAGCUUAUCUUCUCUGGUUUACCACCUGAUAAGAACGCCGACGUUCAUAUGGUUGAAACUAAAGCUGGUAAUAAGGUUGUAGCCACGUUCUGGAAACACCCUUUUGCCAGGUUCACAAUUUUGUACUCCCAUGGCAACGCUGCAGAUUUAGGGCAGAUGCAGGAGCUUUUCAUUGAGCUCAGAGCUCACCUUCGUGUCAACAUCAUGAGUUAUGACUAUUCGGGUUAUGGAGCCUCUAGCGGUAAGCCAUCGGAGAUGAACACUUACUAUGACAUCGAGGCCGUGUAUGAAUGUCUGAAGAACAGUUAUGGAAUUAAACAGGAAGAUCUGAUUUUAUAUGGGCAAUCUGUCGGAAGUGGACCGACUUUACAUUUAGCAUCUAGAAUGGAAAAAUUGAGAGGGGUUGUUCUUCAUAGUGCCAUUCUUUCUGGCAUUCGAGUUAUAUCAAAUGUUAGAGUCACAUUCUGGUUUGAUAUCUUUAAAAAUAUAGACAAGAUCCGAAAUGUCAGCUGUCAUGUACUAGUCAUACAUGGAACGAACGAUGAUAUUGUGGAUUGGUCGCAUGGGAAACGACUAUGGGAACUUUCAAAGGAAAAGUAUGAUCCCUUAUGGGUGAAGGGAGGAGGGCAUUGCAAUCUCGAAACAUAUCCAGAAUUUAUUAAACAUCUUCGUAAGUUUGUAAACUCGAUGGAGAAACUAUCUUUUACUAACGAAUCGAAACCGAAGCUUACCCCAGCUGCUCCUAGUAUGCCUGGUUUCAAACACAACAAAUGCUUGAGAUUUCCGAAAAAAUGAGAAUGGGAAUUAGUUGAGAGAACAUAAGUUAAUUGUUGUGUGUAUUUUUUUAGCCAUAUUUUCCUUCAUCUGUACAUAUUUCAGAGGUUAUUUUUAUUAAGUUUGCUCACUUUCAAAGAAA